GACAGGGGAGCCCCGGGAGCGCGAGCUGCGGCCGGCGCCGCUGCAGAGCCGAGCGAAUCCCGAGCCCAGGCAGCAGGUACCAUUUUGUAUGUCUUGUAAGAACUCACACUUAGAAAUGCUGACGGCAGGCUUCAAGACGGCUGAGCCCCAGGAGACACUAAGAAAACCCAUGGCUCUGGUUGCAUCUUUCAACAUGACCAAUCCACAGCCUGCCAUAGAAGGAGGAAUUUCUGAAGUUGAGAUCAUCUCCCAACAAGUAGAUGAAGAAACCAAGAGCAUUGCUCCUGUGCAGCUGGUGAACUUUGCCUAUCGUGACCUGCCCCUGGCUGCAGUCGACCUCUCCACGGCGGGUUCGCAACUCCUGUCAAAUCUGGACGAAGAUUACCAAAGAGAAGGGUAG